CAGCUGAGAUGGAGCUGCUGGGAAUCACUACUCUUGCUCUUAUGAUUAGUGUCACUUGCCUGGUUUUCUUUCUUGUGCAGAAGAAAAGUGACAAAGGCAGCAGGCUCCCCACUGGCCCAACUCCCCUGCCAAAUGGAAAUAUGAUGCAGCUAAAUCUCAAGGACGUUCCUGCAUCUCUCGCCAAGCUGGCCAAAGAGUAUGGCUCUGUUUACACCCUGUACCUUGGAUCCUGUCCCCUGUGGUCUUACAUGGAUAUGAAGGUGAGGGAAGCUGCAACUGAUCAGGGUGACAAAUGCAGACAACAUCUUCCAAUUACUGAAGAUACCCAAAAAGGAUAUGCUCAGCCCUUUGACCCUACCUUCACCUUUGCCUGUGCUCCCUGCAAUGCGAUACACUCCAUCCUAUUCAGAUGGCUCUUUUCGUAUAAGAAUGAGACUUUCUUCUCCCUGAUGAGUUUGUUAACUAAAAAAUUGAAGCAAAUAAACUCUGAAGGGAUUCUGCACAAAGCAUUUUCAAUAAGGCUUAAUGGUAUUAAAUAUUUCAUUUUGGGAAAAGUGAAGGACCAUCAAGAAUCCAUGGACCAUAAUAACCCUAACUUAGCAACUUUUGGAUCAAAUUUGUCAGCAAGAACAGAGAUAACCAGGAGCACCCUGAGAUCCAGGCCCCUGCUCCUAAUGAAGCACCCAUAUAUGGAAGCCUAAGUUCAUGAAGAAAUUGACCAUAUGAUUGGAUGCAACCAGAGCCCCUGAAGGAAGGACAAGAUGAAGCUGCCCUAUACAGAGGAUGUGUUGCAUGGGAUACAAAGAUACAUCACCCUCCUUGAUCCAGGAUACAAAAUUCAGGCAAUAACCAGCCAUCCCCAAGGUUAG